AUGGCUGACCAAUAUCUGGGUUUUGAUCUGAGCACACAGCAACUGAAGGGAAUUAUCGUGCACUCGGACCUCAAACUUGCUUAUGAGGCGAAGGUAGACUUUGAUGUUGACCUUGCAAAAUAUGGGAUCAGCAAAGGUGUCCUCACUAAUCCCUCUGAGGGUGAAGUGUUUGCUCCUCCAGCAAUGUGGCUCGAGGCUAUCGACUUAGUCCUCCAGCGCCUAGAAGCUCAAGGGGCAGACUUUUCGAAAAUAAAAGGCAUUUCUGGAGCUGGAAUGCAGCAUGGGACUGUGUUCUGGAGUAGAGAUGCAGAGGCUUUGCUUGGUGGACUAGAUGCCGGGAAAACGCUGUUGGAACAACUGGAAGGAGGCUCAAAAGGAGAGAAGAAAAGUGCUUUCAGCCACCCGUUCAGCCCCAAUUGGCAGGAUGCUAGUACGCAGAAACAGUGUGAGCGCUUUGAUGUGGCUCUGAGGGGUCCCAUGCAGUUGGCGAUAGCCACUGGAAGCAAAGCUCAUCAUCGUUUCAGUGGGCCGCAGAUAAUGCGCUUUCAUCAAAAGUACCCUGAGGCGUACAAAGCUACCUCACGUAUUUCUCUCGUCUCCUCAUUCCUCGCAUCAAUAUUUCUAGGCCAAGUGGCACCGAUAGACAUUGGCGAUGUAUGCGGAGCGAAUCUCUGGGAUAUUAAGAAUGGUCGUUGGUAUGAAGAUCUUCUGGCACUUGCCGCCGGGGACAAAGGCGUUGAUGAUCUCAAGUCGAAGUUGGGCAAUGUGCCAGAAGAUGGAGGGGGCAGUUUCGGCGCCAUCGCUUCGUAUUUCGUGAACCGAUACAACUUCCCAUCUUCUUGCCAGAUUAUUCCGUUCACAGGAGAUAAUCCAUCUACUAUCUUGGCUCUACCGCUCCGCUCGUCUGAUGCUAUCGUCUCACUGGGCACGUCGACAACGUUUCUCAUGUCGACUCCACAGUACAAGCCGGAUCCCGCUUACCAUUUCAUGAACCACCCCACUACACCUGGGUUGUAUAUGUUCAUGCUUUGCUACAAGAACGGAGGCCUUGCCCGCGAACACAUUCGCGACGCAAUCAAUGGCCUCUCCUCUUCGGCAGACAGCAAGUCUUGGAAUCUCUUCAACGAGACCUCUACCAGCACCCCUAUUCUGGGGCAGAAAGACCCUAACUCCGAUCCAAUGCGCCUAGGACUCUUCUUCCCAAGGCCAGAAAUUGUACCGAGUGUCAAAGCAGGAAUCUGGCGAUAUCUCUUCGCAAACAACACUCUCACGGCCGUACCCCCUCCUUCGGCUCAGACGAAGACAGAGGACAAGUCAUGGCCGAUCCCGCAUGCCGAUGCUCGAGCAAUCUUGGAAUCUCAGUUCCUCUCACUCCGCCUCCGGUCCCAGAAUCUAGUUGAGAAACAGGGCGAAUUGCCUCCCCAGCCGCGCCGUGUCUACAUGGUCGGUGGCGGCGCAGUGAAUCCAGCCAUCGCGGAACUUGCAGCAGAAGUUCUCGGAGGCGCAGAUGGAGUUUACAAGCUCGAUAUUGGUGGCAAUGCUUGUGCCCUGGGGGCAGCGUAUAAAGCUGCUUGGGGCGUUGGCCGCAAAGAUGGCGAAUCAUUUGAGGACUUUUUGGAGGCCCGAUGGAAUGAGAAGACUUUUGUACAGAAGAUCUGCGAGGGUUAUAGAAAAGGGACUUGGGAAAGGUAUGGGGAGGCGCUGAAGGGAUUCGAGAUGGUGGAGACGAAGGCUAUUGAGGAAAAGGGGGAGGGAAGGGAGUAA